UUGCUCAAUGUCAUAUUGUCUAACCCCUUGAUAGCUGCAGAGAGAAAAGAAGAGAGACAUCACUUCAUGAUGAAGCUGCUUGGCGGUAUUACCUUGUUAUUAGCAAUAGCUGUUGCCUUUUACAUCUACAUCCCAUUACCUAGGACAAUCUCAGAACCAUGGAAACUGAUGGUGUUGGAUGCCACAUUCAGGGGAGUUGUGAUGAUGGGAGAUGUUGCUCACUCGCUGGGAGUGAGCCACAGAGUCCACGUUAUCAACUCUGCCAUUGUCAAUUUUGAGCGUCUGGUGCCGAUCACGAACCAAGAGAUCCAGAUCGAAGACAUCCUGUUUGAUGGAGUGCAUGUACGCGUAUAUCAGCCUUCUAGCAAAGACGGAAAGCUGAGGAGAUCAGUAAUGUUCAUCCACGGAGGUGGAUGGGCCUUGGGCGCUCCAAAAUUGGGGUCAUAUGACAGUCUUUGCAGACAGAUGGCAGCUGAUCUGGACGCAGUGGUUGUGACUGUGGACUAUCGCAUGGCUCCUGAUGUGCACUUCCCAGUGCAGUACGACGAGUGCGUGAGGGCCGCUAAGCAUUUCCUGAGGCCAGAAGUGCUGGAGAAGUAUUCGGUCGAUCCGGAGCGAGUGGCCGUGUGUGGAGACAGUGCUGGAGGAAACCUGGCCGCCGCAGUCGCUCAGCGGAAUGGAAUAGACAACGCUACUGUGAAAUUCAAAGUGCAGGUCUUGGUUUACCCCGUGCUUCAGGCGUUAGAUUUCAACACAGCUUCCUAUCAGCAGAACCACAAUGUCCCCAUCCUGUAUCGCAGGUUAAUGGCCCGUUUUUGGCUGGAGUACGUAGGUGCCGACCUUGACCUUAUGCACUCUCUUAUGAUAAACAACCACACAGCCCAAGACCGAAACCUGAUGCCCUUGAUCCGUUCAAAACUGGAUUGGACCACUCUCAUCCCCGAACGACUGAUAAAGAAUUAUAAGCCCGUGUUUCCGAAGUCAGGCUCUCUGGGUAUCUCAAAGGAUAUACCGGCGUUCCUGGAUGCCAGAGCUGCUCCGUUACUGGCGGAGGAUGAGGUUUUGCGUAAGGUGCCGCGCGCUUACAUUAUGACCGGUGAGCAUGACGUUUUGAGGGACGAUGGGAUGAUGUAUGCUCGCAGGCUGGAGCUGGCAGGGGUCUCUGUCACUAACGAACAUUACGAAGAUGGUUUUCACGGCUGCGUGAGCUUUGCUUUUUGGCCCUGCUACUUCUCUGUGGGAAUAAGGGCGGUGCAGAAUUAUAUCGCUUGGCUUGACGAACAUUUGUAGUUGUAUUUAAAAUCUGUCUGUUAGGGACUUGGCACACUGUGAUGCAAUCUUUUGCAACACAACAGAGGAUUUGUAUUGUGCAUCGAUCAAAGAAAUUAUGUUCUUGUAUUUUAAAAGAACAGUAUUAGGAAUUUCAAAUAUUGACUAACACGUUUAGGUUUAUAUAUUUUUUAUAACUAAUUUACUAAGAAACAAAUGAGGGGUUAUAAGAGCCACAAAGGAAUUUAGCUUGAACCGAUGCUCUGUUGUGACUCCGUUAACAUACACAAGUAUGUGCCCAUGCUAUAUCAGCAGUUAAAGUGAUCGUAAGAUUCAUGUCCAUUCAAAUUGUGCUCGUCUUUACUAACGUCUAUUGCAUUAACAAACACAGAAGCCAUAUUGUCAUGCAUUUCAAUUGAUACUUUCACUCUAAAGACCUGAAAUGAAUUAUCAUUUUCCUAUUGUGAAUAAAGUUGGAACAUGCAUAGAAGCUGCAAUUAAAGGUAA